AUGGAUGCGUGGGCUCACGAGGCGAUGACGUGGCUAGUCGAGAUGAGAGCGGCCCGCCUGCUGGGCUACCGGCUCAAGAUUGGUCUGGUGGUCAUCAUCAUCAUGGUACUGGGGUUCUUCAACGAAAGUCAAGGUACAGCACACUACGGGGAAGACAGCGUGGGUUCCUUCCCGUAUUUCGAGUAUAACGUCCCACGGAAUGUGACGACCGUGGUCGGACAGACCGCCUUCCUUCAUUGCAGGGUUGAGCAGCUAGGUGAUAAGGCGGUAUCAUGGAUACGAAAAAGGGACCUUCAUAUAUUGACAGCUGGAAUCUUAACUUAUACAUCAGAUCAGAGAUUUCAGGUCAUCAGACCAGAUAAGUCUGAGAACUGGACGUUACAGAUCAAGUUUCCACAAGAGAGGGAUGCUGGAAUUUACGAAUGCCAAGUAAAUACGGAGCCAAAGAUGUCCCUCGCGUUCCAACUCAAUGUUGUUGAAGCGAAAGCGAAGGUUCUUGGGCCAGCAGACCUGUACGUGAAGACAGGCAGUCUGCUGUCAUUGACCUGCAUCCUGAGUCAGGGUCCUCAUGAUUUGGGCACCAUAUUUUGGUAUAAGGGAUCAAAAUUAAUAGAAUAUAAGGAGUUAGAAGCAAACGAAGUAGCCGAGGAGCCGAGAAUUAGGCUCAGGACAGAGUGGACAGAACAGUUGACGUCGAGACUCACCAUCGAGAAACUUCUACCGACUGACAGCGGCAACUAUAGCUGCGUGCCGACGAUGGCUGAGGCUGCCUCUGUGAAUGUCCACGUUAUAAACGGUGAACAUCCAGCGGCUAUGCAGCACGGCAACGCGAAUACAGCAUCACCCUGUGCCCUAUCUGUUAACUUAGUCAUCUCAUUGUACUGCACGCUCGCUACUAUGUACACAAGCACCGUGGAUGGCUUCAGAUGA